GCGGGCACUCCCCCACCACACUGGUGCUGCUGGCCGCACUCACGGCGCUGGCGGUGGCUGCGUCCGUACCGGGGGAGGGCUAUGAGGCAGGUCCGGUGCAGCCCGCCGCAGCCGACGAAGACGCCCUCAGUCACGAGUACGACCCCGCCGCCGUCGCCGCGUACUUCUCCCGCCGGCCGCUAGCGGUGGCUGCGCGGGGUCUGCAGGUGGCGGCGGAGGCGGCGGGCUUCGGUGCGGGUCUGCUGCUGGACGUGUGGAGCGGGCAGGUGGAGGCGAGGCAGGGGCAGCGGGCGGAGCAGCUGAGGAGGGCGGUGGAGCGGCUGGGGCCGGCCUACGUCAAGGUUGCCCAGGCGCUCUCCACGCGCGUAGACCUGCUGCCCGCCGCCUACCUAGCGGAGGUGCAGCGGCUGCAAGACCGGGUGCCACCAUUCCCCACGCAGCUGGCAGUCCGGGAGAUGGAGAAGGCCUUCGGAGGGCGGCCGGUGGAUGCGG